GUAUCGCACCCUCAUUGCAAGACCAUGAAAGGCGAUAGUGAUCCGCGACUGUCCAACUUGGGAGUGGCGUCCCCAGUACCCUGGGCGCUUACAUUCAGCAUGCUAUCAACAAGUGACCUUUCUUUCUUUUCGGGAUGCUGUAAAAGGAGCUAAGGAGAUAGACCUUCACAGCUUGGUUGGAGUAUAUAAUUGGCAUUCAGCUCCUCACAGACGAUAACACCCCUCCUCCUCUUCCCCCCAUUGCUAUUCCCACUAAUGCCUGCCGACGGCUCAUCUGAUUCACAAAAUGAGGUUGUCGGGCUGUCGAACGCCCGUGUUUCCAGGCGGAGUCGGGAGAUGCUCGACUUGGUAAACCGUCUUCACUCUACAGGCGUUCAAGCCGAGAUGGACUUGCCGGUCAUCGCUGUCAUCGGCUCGCAAAGUGCCGGCAAGUCGUCCUUGAUCGAGGCCAUCUCUGGUAUCAAGUUACCUCGUGCUUCGGGCACGUGCACGCGAUGCGCCACCGAAUGCAAGCUCUCGCGUUCCGACAGGCCGUGGACGUGUGUCGUGAAGCUGCAGAUCAUGACUGACGCCAACGGACAAGUGUGCAAGACUCGCAACGUCCCAUUUGGUGCUCCGAUUCAAGACAAGGACGAGGUCGAGGAGCGCAUUCGUCGUGCUCAGCGCGCGAUUCUCAAUCCUUCCACUGAAGCGAAGAUUUUCCUUGAUGGCGGGGACGUCGACGAGGACGAGAAUGCGGUGUCGUUCUCGAAGAAUAUCAUAUGCCUCGAGAUCAGUGGUCCUGACGUUGCGGACCUCUCUUUCGUUGAUCUCCCGGGUCUCAUCGUCUCGACGACUGAUGGGAACAGGGGAGACAUCGAUCUCGUGCGUAGCCUUGUGGAUUCGUGGAUCAAGAAGCCGAGCUGCGUGAUCUUGCUUACCGUUACCUGCGAAACCGACUUCAACAACCAAGGCGCAUACGAGAUCGUGAGAGAGCAUGACCCGAAAGGCGACCGUACAGUUGGCGUUCUUACCAAACCUGACCUUUGCCAAGAGGGCGAUGAGACCUUUUGGGUGGACCUGGUUAAGGGAUUGAACAUCCCGUUGUCAAACAACUGGUUCUGCGUCAAGCAGCCCACACCCAGUGAGCUGAAGAAAGGGAUCACCUGGCAACAGGCCAGGAAGAACGAGGACACGUUCUUCAUGACGAAAGAGCCCUGGGCAUCGCUGCCGGAAGAGCGUCAGCGGUAUCUUCGGACUUCGAAUUUGACGGAGCGACUGAGUGUGAUUCUCUCGGACUUGAUCGCGACGCGGUUGCCGAAGAUUCAAGACGAGCUCAAGGCCUUGCUACAGAAGACUGAAGAAGAGAAACGCAAACUCCCAAAGGCCCCAUCGUCAGAUCCCGUUGGGGAAGUGCUGCAGGCUCUCAACGUAUUCACGAUCGACAUCACCAAGCGCAUGCAGGGCACGCCCGAUGAGGAUGGUGUCUUGCAGACAAUACGCCCGCGUCAGGUGAAGUUUCAGCGUGCCGUUCGUGCGACAGCUCCGAACUUCCAGCCCUUCGAGAGCGGUAGGGAGGAUUCGCAGCUGGAAGACCCUUCCUUUCUUUCGAAUGAGGAGAUCUUUUCAACUGAAUCACAGGAGGAUGAGAAUCCGCCUAUAUACAUCGAUCAGGUGCAGGACCGAGCUCAGAAAGCGGUAACCCGAGAGCUUCCUGGGAACUAUCCAUUCGUUGUGAAGGAGAUGUACAUCAAGCAGUUCCUCACGAAGUGGCAUGCGCCUGCUCUGGAGUUGUUCGACGAGACGUAUGACAUCCUCAAGCAGGAGGUUUUGCGUGUCGUCGAUGCACACUUCAACCGGAUGGGCCGAGGGCUAGCCGCGAACCGUGUUACUCUAAUUGUCCAGGAACAUCUAGAGAGCUGCGCCGAGCGAACGAGAGAGAAGAUCGAGUGGCUCCUCGACGUCGAGAGUAUGCCAACAACACUGAACACGCAUUACUUCGCCGACUACCGGGACAAGUUCCUAGCGCACUACCGUGGUGCACGUCCCAAGGCAUCUGGUCUCUCGGCGAAUCUUCAGAGCUACACGGCCCCAGGGCCGACAGAGUAUCCGAGUGGCUUUCAGGAGUCGGUAUCGAGGGUGCUCUCGGGCCUGAGUGAGUUAGGGAUCAGCGCAAAGCCCGAGGACAUACCCAAGAUGCUGCCAUCUGACCCUAUGGAGCCCGCAAUCGAGAUCAUGGCGAGCGUCAGGGCCUACUUCCAGGUUGCCUACAAGCGUUUCGCGGACAUGGUGCCGAUGACCAUCGACCACGAGAUCGUCCUCGGGCUUAACAAGGGUCUAGAGAAGGCGCUGCGAGACGGGCUGGAGAUCACCGGUCCUAAUGCACGUGAGGCAUGUGAGGCGCUCAUUGAAGAGGCUUCGACUAUCUCACUUCGCAGAGAGGAGUUGCAGAAGAGGCUGGACACGUUGAAGUUGGCCAGCCAGGAACUGCGCACGCUGAAGCUCACCUGAGUCAGAAGAUGUGUAUGUAGAGACGGGCAGCAUAAGAACUUCGUACCACCAUUUGUAUAGAUUUAUAUUGAUGUCGACUGUAUCCUAGGAAAUCCGUGCAUCCUGUCAAG